AUGGCCACCCUCACUGUUGCGACGAAAGCCAACGGCGCUCUCACCCUUCCAGGGGUGUUGGCGGCUGCGUAUCUUUCUGCUGGAAACUCUGCUAUUGAUAGUUCUGUCACUCCUUUUCUAGUAGACUAUGCGAGUUCUACCCCCGUUUCUAAACGCAGUCAGAUCAACGAAUGGAUCCAGCAAAGCACAGCUUUAUCAGCCAUUCAUUCCCUCACCAUAGCAGACAUUGUGUCGGGCUGGGAUGAUCCCCGUAUGCCGACUGUGCGCGGUAUCAGACGGAGGGCAAUGACUGUCCCCGCGCUGAGAGAGUUAAUCCUGAAGCAGGGGCCAAGUCAGAAUAUUGUUAAUCUGGACUGGACGGCAUUCUGGGCGAUGAAUAAGAAGUAUAUUGACCCUGUUGCGCCGCGCCAUACUGCCAUUGUCUCGCUCAAUGCUGCGGUAGCCUCAGUUGAAGGUGUCAUGGAGACGACUUCAGAGAAACACCGACAUAAUAAUAGCGCGUCCCUAGGCACGAACAAAGUUUUCUUCGACAAGGAGAUCCUCCUCGCGCAGGACGACGCAGCGUCUCUCAAACCAGACGAAGAAUUCACGCACGCUCAUGAACUGGGGCAACGCCAUCGUCACUUCUAUCACUACUGA